AUGGUUAUGCAGAGAAAGGGGCAGAAUAUAAUUUCCUGGGCUGUCUCCAGGACCAGUGUGAAAGAGAGUGGACCAGGGAGUUUUCCACCUGCUCUCAAGAAGAGAUCUGGAAAGCAACGGGCCUCCACACAUCAGCCGUCACAAGGGAAAGGUGAGUCAGCAGCCGGGCUGGGGGUGGGCAUUCUAGGGAAGAGCCAGAUGGAGGAUGUGGGGUCUGGGGCGGCAGCCAGAGCGGAGGCUGAGUCAUCAGGGAACACAACCAGUCCCUUCCAAACCAGGAGGAGCCAGACCACAGGUGAAGCAAAAAAUUUAUUGCCAUAUCUUGGACCCAAUAAAAUGAGAGAUUGUUUCUGUACCAUAAAUUUGGACCAGGAAGAAGUUUAUCGUACUCAAGUUGUUGAAAAAUCUUUAAGCCCAUUUUUUAGUGAAGAAUUUUACUUUGAGAUUCCAAGAACUUUCCAGUAUUUGUCUUUCUAUGUUUAUGAUAAGAAUGUUUUACAAAGAGACCUUCGUAUAGGAAAAGUAGCCAUCAAAAAAGAAGACUUGUGUAAUCACAGUGGCAAAGAAACCUGGUUUUCAUUACAGUCUGUUGACUCCAAUUCAGAGGUUCAGGGUAAAGUUCACCUCGAAUUAAAACUGAAUGAACUGAUAACAGAGAAUGGAACUGUGUGCCAGCAACUUGUUGUACACGUCAAGGCAUGCCAUGGGUUGCCUCUCAUAAAUGGCCAAAGCUGUGACCCUUAUGCAACAGUUUCUCUAGUGGGCCCUUCUAGGAAUGACCAAAAGAAGACGAAAGUAAAGAAGAAAACAAGCAAUCCACAGUUUAAUGAAAUCUUUUAUUUUGAG